GACUUGGCCAAUCCUGAAGAGAGCUCCUUGGGUGCAUUCGCUUCACACGCAGCGACCUGGGCGAAGCAGUGCUUGGCUUUUCGGAAUUCCAAGACUUGGAGUCCCACCAGGCCUUGUUGCCCAGCGAAUUUCUUUUUGCGCUUGGCGAAUGGAAGUCCAUCUCCUCCACCACCAGAUGCGCCAGCAUGCGUGCUGCGUCUCACUGGACAUGGCUUGCGGUGCUUGCAGCGCUUUCACGAAAAGCAGGGCUUGCACAGCAUGACCUUCCAGAGUCAGGCAGAGGCAUCUCAGACGCCCCGGGACAUGUCGCCACAAGAGCCCCCAAUAGAUAGCGACUUGAGCAUGCAGGACUACAAGGUCCUUGGCCUGGAUUGCAUGAAGAUGUGGCCUUGGAUGAGGGAUCUGCCCACUUCUGUUUGGGCUGGUCAUGGUUGGGCUUUUGAUGAGAACGGUCUCCGGCGGCUCUCAUCCUCAGGCGGCAGCCAUGCCAUGCAAGGCGUGGAAGUCUUCGAAUCUGUGGGUGUUGCAUCGGAGGAGGUGAAACUUUCAGACGAAAAGAUUAGAGAAACCCCAAUCGCAGUUGCAGCUGCGGAGUGUCCUCUCCCAUUUGCCGAGGGGCAGAAACCAGCUGGUUUUCGGAGAAUCAAUGUGGCAAAGCAAAGUGGGGUGCCGAAUGUUGUCUGGGGUGACACCAUGCAAGCUUGGUGCGUUCAAUUUUACGAACGAGAUGCCAAAGGCCAAAAGACUCGCAGAACAAGUCGGCGGUUUUCCCUGAAACACUUCAUGGGCCCAGGCGUCUCCGAGGCCCAGGCCAACACAGCAGCUCUCGAGUCCGCCAAGGCCUUCCGUGCAGAGUUGGUGGAGAAGGGCAUCCUCAGCGAGCCGAAGCCGCGGGACCCCAAAUUCACCAGCGAAGUGCCGGGGGUGAAGUGGAGGAAGAAUCGGCAAAAGUGGCACGUGGAGAUCACCCCGAAGGGUGGCAAGAAGAAGAUUCACGGAGGCCUCUUCACCGAGAAGGCGGCGGCCGAGGCCAAGGCCCUGGAGAUCGUGGAGAAGGCCGGCCUGCAGCGCCAGGUGAAGCCCGUGGCCAACCUGUCGGAGCUGCCGGUGUUCCAACCCAAGGUGCCCUACCCUGGGGUCACUUGGGAGCAGAAGUCACAGCAGUGGCAUGCUCAGUGCCGAGUGGCGGGAGCCAAUCGACAUUUCACGGUGAAACCGAAGGACCACUCGGAGGCGGAGCUGGAGCGCUCCUUCCAAGUGGCUGUGGCAUGGAGGAGGAAGCAGGAGAAGGAGAAUCAGAAGGAGAAGGAGAAAGAAAUCAACGCUGUGAAGUCCAAGGUGAAGCCUGGGAGGAAGCAGCGAAAGUGA